AUGCACCCUUUCAAUGACAGUAACCUAAAUGCUGGGGUGGAUGCGGGGGAUGUGGCGAGGGAUGAGAGCCUGGCCAAGGUGGAGAUCGCGUUGCUCAGUGUUAUCUUCGUCAGUGCCGCCAUCCUCAACACCGGCCUGAUGCUCGUCCUGUGGAAACAGCGCAAGCAGAUGUCCAGGAUGCGCGUGUUCGUCUUCCACCUGUGCCUGGCGGACCUGGUGGUCGCUUUCUUCCAGGUGUGCCCGCAGCUCAUGUGGGACAUCACGGACAGGUUUGUCGGACCAGACCUGGUGUGCCGCCUUGUUAAGUACCUACAAGUUCUCGGCAUGUUUUCCUCAACUUACAUGAUUGUGGUGAUGACAAUCGACCGCUACCAAGCCAUAUGCAACCCGAUGGUUACGUUCCAGCGGCGACGCGCACGGCUCAACAUCCCCGUGUGCAUCGCAUGGGGAGUCUCUCUGCUGGGCAGCUUGCCGCAAGUUUUCAUCUUUUCACGCGUCGAGGUUGCACCAGGCGUGUUUGACUGCUGGGCGAUAUUCAUACAGCCAUGGGGUCUGAAGGCUUACAUUACCUGGACCACGCUGGUCAUUUUUGUUUUCCCCAUCAUUGCAGUUGCUACUUGCCAAGUGCGCAUUUGCAGAGCUAUUCAGAUGAACCUCUACCAAAAAACACACCAGGCGGGCAGUGUCGGCGUGGCUCUCCCGCUCCCCUCAAGAGCCAGCGGUGUGGCCGGGAUGUCCAAGGCCAGAAUCAGGACAGUGAAGAUGACCGUGGUCAUAGUGCUUGCCUAUGUUAUCUGCUGGGCUCCCUUCUUCACCGUGCAGCUUUGGUCCGUUUGGGACACACACGCGCCAAAAGAAACGGCGACCUUCGCCAUCCUGAUGCUGUUGGCCAGUCUGAACAGCUGCGCGAACCCCUGCAUUUACCUGCUUUUCAGCGACCAGCUUCCUAAGAAACUGAUGACAGUCCUUUGCCAAAGGCGGUCCGAGGGUAAGGACUUGCUGCAUGACGAGGCGACCAUGGUCAGUUCUUUAUACAUGAGCUUCAAAAGCGUCUCUGACUGCAAAUGAAGGUCGGACCAGGGAAAAAGUAACUGUCUGAAAAGGUACGGCAAUCUGAAGCACAGUCGUUGAGUGGACUUGCCUCCAAACCACCAUGUCCUGUGUGUUUUAAGGCAGUUCCUCUCAAGAUCACGAUGAAACCAUGUUCCUGCGCGUCUCCGAGGAGCGCUCAGCCAAAUGUGCCCCCGAUGCUGGGCGCUGACUGAUGAUAAAAAGCGAAAGGUAUGGUUUUGUGGGGCACUUUGGGCAAAAAACUGCUUUCAUAAAUGCCACUAUGUUGUUCUGAGUCUGAUAGUGGUGUCUGAAGUUGAGAAAAGUGUGUGGUUAGUUUUCAGCUCAACGGUUCAAAGGUAUGCGUCAAAAGUGUCACAAAGGUUGUCAAAUUUAUAGCAUUAAUUAGGCCCACUGACCCCAAAUGAUGAUAUUCCCAUAUAUUCUAAACUUAAAUAGGCCUAUAUACUUUGAUUUUGUAUCACAAGCUGGGUUAAGAAUGCUAAGACAAUUGGACACAAACAAACAAACAAACAAACAAACAAACACAUAGCCUAAAUAUAACUGUUUUUGACAAUUCCAGUCAAGGAGUCCGUGAGUUACAUCAUAAUGCCCUAUGAGUUUGAGUUAAGUGGGUAAGGCUACUAGAUCCCAUCCUUUUUUCCCAAACUGAACCCUUUCACAAAGAGUGAGAGAAAACACAUCUCAACACUCCUCUAACAUUACCAAGUAGUCCAAGCUGAACGCGAAAACAUUUUUCUCAAGAUUACAGACAUACUCAAGAGUACAAACAUAUGCUGUAAAGAAUGUAAUGCAUUAUGUGGUCCCCAGUAACAGUGAGCUGACCACAUGGUUUUUGUAAAAUUGUGUUGCUGCUUAUAUGGAUGUACUCUGGUGCUAAACUGC